UUCUGUUGUCACCAACUGUGUAGAUUUCAUAAGAGACCAAUGAAAGGGGCAAUGCUUUUGCUGGUGCUGGGGGGGAAAAAAACAGCAGCUGAUUUUUUAUCUUAUGCCUUUCUUGUCUCAUUGUGGCUCUGACAGCUAGGUAAGUCUCAAACAGUAGGUUUACAGGUCACUUCAUAGAGUCGCUGCCCUGGCAUUUUAUGGCCUCCUAAUGAGCCGUUAAACUGGAGAUGAGGUAAUUAAAUACGGUACUCUGGCACAGUGUACGCGGUACUGACUCCAGCUCUCUGAUUUUAGGUUCCUCAGAAGACGAUGAGGUCAUUCAAGAAGGUCUCCUCAGGCUCAGCAGGGGCGAGUAAAGGUGGAGACGAACCCGGGAAGUUGCCGGAGCAGGAAGAAGAGGAGGAAUCCCAGGUUUUGCACGGAACCGGCCAUUGCAAAUGGUUCAAUGUGAGAAUGGGAUUCGGGUUCAUCUCCAUGAGCAACCGAGAAGGAAGCCCCUUGGAGUCUCCAGUUGAUGUCUUUGUACACCAAAGCAAGCUUUACAUGGAAGGAUUUAGAAGCCUAAAAGAAGGAGAACCUGUGGAAUUUACUUUUAAGAAAUCUUCCAAAGGCCUUGAAUCAAUACGGGUAACAGGCCCUGGUGGGAGCCCCUGUUUAGGAAGUGAAAGACGACCCAAAGGGAAGACAGUACAAAAAAGAAAACCAAAGGGAGAUAGAUGCUACAACUGCGGUGGCCUCGACCACCACGCUAAAGAAUGUAGUCUACCUCCGCAGCCAAAGAAGUGCCAUUACUGUCAGAGCAUCAUGCACAUGGUGGCGAACUGCCCCCAUAAAACUGUCUCGCAGCAGCCCGCUAGUUCUCAGGGAAGACACGAGGCCGAACCGCAGCCUUCCACYUCUGCCUUGCUGAGAGAAGGGGGAGGAACGCACGGCUUCUCGUCUCCAUCGCACUCUCAGGAAGGCAGGUCGGAGAUCUCGGAGCGCUCGGGCAGGUCGCCACAGGAACCUUCGUCGAGUAAGUUGUCCGCAUCGCCUGAAGAACCGAACAGAAAGGGGCCUUCUGUUCAGAAAAGGAAAAAAACUUAA